CACAUUUUGAAAACACAAAACACGUACAACGCUUGGUUACGUUCUUAAACAUCUACUCACUCAAAAACAUAGAUAAUACUUCCGUGUUGUGAUAAGACGAAAAUGUAAACACUCGAAAUUGAAUGAUUGAGGAAUAAAUUCGGCUAGUUGGUUAAACAAACUUGAGUUGGAUUUGAAUGGAUCUUGUGUUGAGUUAAAAUUGUGUUCAGUUGGUGUAACGAGAUUUCAUGGAUUUUACACACGCGUUUUAUUGGAUCUAACCCUACCCCAGGGCUGAGAGCCUGACCCAGGGAUUUGAAGAAAAAUGGCGACUUGCGGACCCCCGUACUCACCCGUGGACGACAGACACAAGGAUCGGGAUAUGAUGGCGGAAGCUGAGGAGGUUCUGGUCAGGAAAGGAAAGGCGUGUAGCCGGUGUGUGGGGGCGUGUCCGGGAUACGAGCCGCACUUCUGGAGGAAAAUAUGUCGUCACUGUAAGUGCCCACCAGAAGUACACGACAUGGCAUCAAGUCUUGUUGAUGAUCGGAGCCUGAAUCGGCUGAUGCACGACGUCAAACGCAACUCAACAUCGGAUGAUGACAGUGGCUGUCCGCUAGAAGAGUACUCCUGGGUGCCACCAUCACUGAAGCCCGAACAGGUUCACCAGUAUUUCCGCGCGCUGCCCGAAGACAAGGUCCCAUACCUUAACAGCGUUGGGGAGAAAUAUCGUGUUCGUCAACUACUCCAGCAACUCCCUCCGCACGACAAUGAGGUGCGUUACUGCAACAGUCUGAGUGAGGAAGAAAAACAUGAGUUGAGGAUGUUCAGCGCGCAGCGGAAACGCGAAGCACUAGGAAGGGGGAGUGUCCGACCGUUGCCGCUGACAAUGCAGGGAGGAGUCUGUGCUAAGUGUAAGUCAAUGAUAUCAGGUGGAGAGAUAGCGGUAUUCGCAUCCCGUUGUGGUGCAGAGAAAUUCUGGCACCCAUCAUGUUUCGUGUGCUCCACAUGCGAUGAACUCCUGGUCGACUUGAUCUAUUUCUUCCGAGACGGACAGCUGUUCUGCGGGCGACACCAUGCGGAGCUAAUCAAACCACGUUGUGCGGCCUGUGAUGAGAUUAUCUUUGCUGACGAGUGCACAGAGGCAGAGGGACGUAGCUGGCACAUGAAGCACUUCUCUUGUUUUGAGUGUGACACCCAGUUAGGCGGCCAGCGUUACAUAAUGCGAGAGGGACGUCCUUUCUGCUGUCUCUGCUUCGAGCGCAUGUUCGCUCAGUUUUGUGAUACGUGUGGGGAACAUAUAGGUGUAGAUCAGGGUCAGAUGACACACGAGGAUCAACAUUGGCAUGCCACCCCGAACUGUUUCAAAUGUCACACAUGUCAAAAAUCACUUCUAGGACAGCCAUUUUUGCCGAAACAUGGUGUUAUUUAUUGUUCUGCGGCGUGUUCGCGAGCUGGAGCUGGAAAGAAUAUGCAUAUUCCUAGAAAGGCAGAGGAAUAUAUGCAGGAUAUCAAUAACAUUCGGUUAGGCUCACCUGUUAGUCACGCAAUGCAGGAAAGCAGUGUUAUGGCUCUUCAGGAGGUUCUGAGGCAGCAGUAUAGCAUACCAGACAGUUGCCCAUCUUCUGAUCGAGACCAGGGGUACGCUACAAGUAGCAACAGUGAGGUGUACGCGCCUGGAAUGUAUGAGCCGCCUACAAAAGCACGGUUAGAAAUGUCCGGCUAUGAAAUUAACAUGGAUGGUUUGGCUGAUGCAUUGCCCUUGCAUGACGCCAAAAAGAAAAGACUUUCACAACUGUCUAUGCCAGACUUGUCAUCAAAACUACAGUUACAAAGAAGUGAUUCAGAAAAGAACAGCUCGUGUAGUUCAAGAAGUCGAAGUGUAAGUCGAAGUAGGUCAGGUUCGGAAAAGAAUCUUGGUGUAAAGUUCAGUGGUAAUGCACAAGCAAACUAUUUUCACCCUGAGGUGCCUACAAAUUUUAUACAAUCAUUUAGUAGUAAACAAAAGAUGAAUAGUCAAAAUACAUCUGCAAACAGAUCCUUCCCUGAAUUGCGGGCAGGGAAUUCUCCAAUAGAGGAUUUAAAUGAGUUGCCGCUACCAGAUGAGGAAAAAAUGAACCCGAUUACACGACCACCGCCACCGGGAAGGUCUCACCAUAGACAUAGCCAUCGUGGUAGAUAUCCACGGAGUCAGAGCUUUGAAGGGCGCGCAUCAAUGGUUGUGCAGACUGGUCCAAAUGGUGAAAUGGAGCGUAAGAAAAUUUUGAAAAACCCAAAUAAUCAUAUGUCUCAUAACGCGGAGUUAUCGUUAUCGAUGGAUAGAGGUGUUGAUCAUUAUGACGAUAGUUACUCAUGCAGUACGUGUUCUAGUUCAAGUGAUUCCGAGGAUGAUUAUGAUUGUUACUAUGAUAGUCCAGGUAAAGCUGGUGCUCCGAGGAUAGCUUAUGUAGACAGUUUUGGUUUCCCAGAAUGCAAGAGUGCAACAAUGGGAAGAAAACCGCGAAGGCAUAAAAAUAAGAAAGAUAAGAAUUGUACAAUCUCUUAGCAGUUUCUGAAACCAAUUGCUAGUACAAAGACUGGUGUAUGUGCAAAUACUGAAUUCUGAUUGAUAUUAUUGUGGCUUACUUUUAUUUAAUUUUGAUAAUUAUUAUGCGUCAUUGUGCCUAACUGUAGGGUCGUUAUUAGAUGUUGGUUUUACAUGUCUCAUGUGAUACAAGUUUUAAUAAAACAUCAUACAUGUAUGUAACAUAAUUAUGUAUUUUCAGUGAUAUCAACCUGUCAUAGUUUAUAAUAAGGUAAUAAAAAGAAUUUCUUUGUUUCCACUAACAUCUCAAAAAAAGGGGCCAGACGUAAAUCUUCUUUUUUCAAUUUUUCUUUAGGAGAACCCGGAUUUUGUGCCAAAACAGCCUAUAUCAGGGUAUAUCACUAUAAUUUUAACAUGUCAGCUCAAAAAAUGCAUUUUUAUUAAUUUUUGAAAUUACAAGAAAAAAUCCACUCAACGGCAAAGAAAUGUAGGGUUAGAAGGAAAAAAUAAGUUUGGUCGGCUAAGUGGAAACAAACAUUAUUCUUUUUACGCCUAAAGGGUUUACUCUUUGGAUGAUUUUCAAAAUUAAUAUUAUGUUUUAAGACUAAAAGAUUGAUGUUGAAACACAAAUAACUCUGAUUGACACACAAAAUAACACACUAGCUAUUUUUUAAAUUUAACAAAAUUUAAAUUCCAUUUUUUUUGUUUAACAUUUUUCAUCUUUUUAUCUGUAAAAGUAUGUAUGCUAUGAUGUUAUUUUAAUGUUAUUUGUUAAAAUCAUGUACAAAACAGUUACAGUUAAAAUGUUGCUUUAAACCGUUAUUAAUUAUUCAGUUACAGUUUUUUCUGUAUUGCCUUUUUCUAUGCAAAUGGUUAAAGUUCAAGUUAUAAUUUUAAUAAUUUCAUACAAAGUAGUAUUUUUUCAAUAUAUGACAUUACUGCUGACUAAAGUUGCAUUUGUUGUGCUAUUGUUAUCUGUAUAUGUAUAUUCUAAUUCAAUCCAAAGAGUUGUAUUGUGUUAUUACCAUCAUUUUUCCCAUUCGAAAAUGUAAAAAAAAAUAUUUAAAAAGUUACUAUGGUUACCAUUUGAUUUAGGGCACAUUCUUUAUAUGUUAACUUUUGACAACCAUUCAUUUUUUGGCAGGGAUUUUGUAAGAAGUAAUGGCUUUAUUAAACUGUACAUCAAUUAAGAAAGACUAUUUACAUGUACUUUAUGAUUAACACCCAGUGGAGUUGUUUUGUAUGCAAAAAGAUGAAAGGCAAAUAUACACAAUCAUUUGUUUGUAAUAAAAAAAUAAAAGUAUCCAAUUAAAAACAAGUCUGUCUAAAACGUAGUCUGCAUAAACAUUAUCAUUGUAUGAUUGAACAUUAUCUUCAGGAUCUGAUAGAAAAUACAGGGGUUGCUCAAGUUCUGGGUUAAUCAUGAAAUCAGGCUUGAAGGCUUUAAACUUCAGACUGUUAUACAGGUGUGAAGAUUGUUCUUUUCUGGAACAAUUGCAUAAAAAACAGUAUGAAGUACCUUUAAAUGAAUAUAAAUGUCUUAAUGACUUUGGAAACAAUUUCAAAGGGGUCUAAGCCUCUUUACACUGCCUUGGGCAUGACUCCCUUAUAGUCUCAUGAUCGACAAUGAUUAGCUGUUAAAAUCCCUGGAAAAAGUUAUGAUCAGUUUGACUGUCUUAUAUUAGACAAAGUUUCUAUAUAUACACUAUCGUUAAGUACAUAAUUUCGAGUUUAGAUCAAAACAGUAUUCUAGUCAGUAUAAUCAUCAUUAGCAAUUUGCAUGAUACAUAAUUAUUCAAAACAUCGCUAUGAAUAUUUCAUUUACUUCGAAAUUGAUCCAGACAGUCUUUAAAGGGAACUCACUUGUAAACUUUUCAGAAAUUCAAGACCAAAAUAAAACAAUGCAUUUUUACUUAAAAAUAAUCAGACAUUUGUUUGUUAAUUUUCAUUCUGUAGACAAGACAAUCACAAUUGUAUUUGUACAGUUCUAUACUAUAUAAAAGAUGUUAAAAUAGCUUUAAAAAUGUUUGUUAAAUGAUAGAUAGUUUUUCAACAUUAUAGAAAGAUUGUCUUCCACUUCCAAUGCCAAAUAUGUUGCAAACUAUCUUGUUGGAAUAAGUCGUUUUAACAAAAUGAAUAACCAUUUAAUGUCAAUCAUUUCAUUUCAUAAGUAAAUAAUACCCACAUGAUUUCAUGGAAAAUAUUAAUUGUAUACCAAAAUGUUUCGUUCACAAUAGCAACAACUGUUAAUAAUUUUUGUAAGGUACCGUGUUAUUUAUACAGUAUUAAAUCAUGGAAAAUCUC